CGAAACAUCGCAACAAAUCUGUUCAAGUUACUCCUCAAGUACAAGCCAGAGGACAAGUUGGCCAAGAAGGAACGUCUCCUGAAAAAGGCCCAGGCCGAGGCUGAAGGCAAAGCACCCGAGUCUAAGAAACCAAUUGUGGUGAAAUAUGAUCUUAACCAUGUUACAUACCUUAUCGAGCAGAAUAAGGCACAAUUGGUUGUUAUUGCCCAUGAUGUUGAUCCCAUAGAGUUGGCAGUGUGGCUCCCGGCUUUGUGCAGGAAAAUGGAGGUCCCUUACUGCAUAGUUAAGGGAAAAGCGCGUUUGGGAUCGAUUGUCCUCAAGAAAACUGCGACUGUCUUGUGCUUGACCACGGUUAAGAACGAGGAUAAGAUGGAAUUCAGCAAAAUCCUCGAGGCAAUCAAGACCAACUUCAACGACAAGAACGAUGAGAAUAGAAAGAAGUGGGGAGGCGGAAUCAUGGGCUCCAAGUCACAAGCCCGAACCAAAGCAAAGGAGAGGCUUCUUGCGAAGGAAGCUGCGCAGAGGAUGACUUAAAGAGAGGAACAACACACCUUUA